AUCGUUGAGACCGUGCCACAAACGUCCCAUACUGCUGCCAGUCACUGUCUCGCGUGGAACGGAGCGCUGCUUCCCGUUCUGCGUGACACCGCCCUGGCGUGCUCCCCGCUCUCCUCGCUACCCGCAGCCGUCACGCGUCACGCAGGGCUAUCCAACAUCUGAGAAGACGUUGCUUACGACAUCUCACACACAUCGCGCUGGACUUGGCGCACAGCCCUCGCUGGACGACGCCGCGCCCCAACCGCGCCCUGCCUCACUUGUGUUCACCCAAACACGGAGCGCGCCCGCAAAUCGACGUGACCACGUCUUCGGAUAACCGGAUGAUGAACCGUCGUCUCGGCAUCCCUACGUACGACAAUCCAUCAUGUCUGCACACUCCCCUAGCCGCCUGAGUUGGCACGCUGCCGCUUACGGUUCCUCCUCGCUCACAACAAACGGAAACAAUCGGGGUACAUCGCGGGUCGCGCGCUCGGGGAUGCUUUCCACGUUACUAUCCAUCUACGAUGUAUCACAACCGUAUUUCGGCUCGGCCGCAUAUGUCCCUCGCAGCGUGCGCCAUCGUACAGGCGCGACACACGGACGCAGCCUACUCCAUACGCGCUCGCAUCGCGCUCCCAUUCAUUGGACGGCUCUCGCAGUCGGCCAAGACCUACGGCGAGACACCCGUCGUCAGCGAGCUCAAGCACCGACAUCAAGAGACCACUCACCACCGUUCGCCGUCCCGACUCCACGACAUGUACGACCACUCGGCGCACACUGCCCUGGCCGAACAGUAGGCCGAGAGGACGGCCUGCGUCUGUCGGCAAGACGCCCACACAUCUGUACCUCACCCGCCGAGGCACUCGUCAGCGCUCUCAAGUCGCCAUCGCCUCUCCUCGAUGUGGUGAUCCACAGGUCGCGGACGGUUGUGCGUGCUGGGCGGGAGCCGCGGGCGGGCGGCCUUUGGUACGCCCGUUCGGCUCAGCAUCUCCCGCGUGCUGCGACUCUUCGGAGCAGGGCUCGAGUCGACCGUCGCAGGGGCAUGCCAGGACUCAGGCCUGCACGUCUUGCGACGGCCACACCGAGCGACCGACGCGGUACUUACGCCACGGCACGUCCCAGACGUCCUGCAUUGCUCAGAAGGUGCGACGGGCUGCAGCAUCGUACGAGGUGGCGCAGACGUCCUUCCCCGACUCGUCGCAUACAGCCCAGCCGUACUCGCCUCCAAGCCUGAUGCGCAAGCGAACGCAUUGUCGCUGGACGUCUUCCUUCCUCGCACGCAGACACUCUGCCAUCAGCGUCGCCUCCAGCCCGCUCGUCGACAAGGUCUCUCCCGCGCGCCGUCCGCAGCCGUGAGUGAUGUCGCGCUGUUCGGCGGUGCUACCUUUCUCUGGGCAGGUGCUGUCGCGAGAUCAUGGGGAACGGCGCGGGCAGGAUGCGGACCGGGAGCUGCAAUUUGGGACGAUAGUAGGGCCAUGUACGCAGGAGCUGCACGCGUGACCUCAUGGGCCCGCAUCCUCGCCGUCUUUCGCCGCGUGAGGAGCUACGUCGAGCACGGUAGCAUGGGCGGAAACACGGCAGUGUCGGCGGCGGUAACCUGCGUGCAGCAAACACGCAGAGAUGCAUGCCCGACGGCCCCGUGCGAUGUAGGUACAGAGAGCAUGUACAUAGUCGCGAUGGAUAUAUUUAUUGGAG